CUGACCGACGACGAGCAUUCCCCUGUUCAAAAUCGCAGCGCAUUUGGAGAGAGCUAGUUAGGGUUUAGGGUAAGGCGCAAGGGAUGGAAGCUGCCGCCGCGGGGUGAAUCGCGAGGAAAUCUCCAGCAGCUUUGCUACUGCUGCCCUGCUGCUAUUGUUGGUACUGUUCUUGGUGUUGGAUCUGUCGUCGCGGCAGCGAGAAAUGGAUGAGAAUCAGCGCUGGAAUGGCACACAGCUUAAUGCGUACAACACUGUGGUAGCAGCGAGUGGAAUUAGGGCAGCCGGAUCUGUGCCGCUGGGGGAUUCCAUGGCCGGGGACGACAAUAAUGCAUCCAGCGUCACCAGGCAAAAGGUUGCUGCGGCCAAGCAGUACAUUGAGAAUCACUACAGGGCCAAGGCCAAGAGUUUGCAAGAACGAAGAGAAAGGCGUUCUUUGCUCGAGAGAAACCUGGCAAAUGCCGAUGUUUCGGAAGAGGAACAGCAUACACUUAUCAAAGACCUUGAACGUAAGGAGACAGAGUACAUGCGACGCCAGAGACAUAAAAUGGGCGUCGAUGAUUUUGAGUUGCUAACUAUUAUAGGGAGAGGAGCGUUUGGGGAGGUAUGUUUUGGGCUUGGAUCCUCUGGGUGUUCCUCACUGACUCAAGUCUUGUCUGUUCAGGUGAGACUGUGUCGACACAAAGAAAACGGCGAGAUUUAUGCCAUGAAGAAGCUUAAGAAGUCCGAGAUGCUUAGUAGAGGACAGGUGGAACAUGUGAGAGCUGAAAGGAAUUUGCUCGCGGAAGUUGAUACUCACUGCAUAGUGAAGCUGCACUACUCGUUUCAAGAUGCCGAGUACCUAUACCUCAUCAUGGAGUAUCUACCGGGUGGUGAUAUGAUGACGCUUCUUAUGCGCAAGGACACGCUAACGGAGGACGAAGCUCGCUUCUAUGUUGCGCAGAGCGUUUUGGCAAUCGAGUCCAUCCACAAACAUAAUUACAUUCACAGGGACAUUAAGCCCGACAAUCUACUACUUGAUAAGAACGGGCACAUGAAACUUUCAGAUUUUGGUCUUUGCAAGCCUCUCGAUUGUAACACGCUCUCAACUUUGCACGAAAAUGAGGAGGAUGAGCCACGAGAACCGAUGGACAUAGAUGAGCGCCUUGUAAGCCCAUCAACCGGUAGUUCUUGGCGGAGUCAGCAAGAACAACUGUUACACUGGCAGAAGAACAGACGUAUGCUGGCCUUUUCAACGGUUGGUACACCCGAUUACAUUGCUCCGGAAGUGUUGCUUAAGAAGGGAUAUGGCAUGGAUUGCGACUGGUGGUCAUUAGGAGCAAUCAUGUUUGAGAUGCUAGUUGGUUACCCUCCAUUUUAUUCAGAUGAGCCCAUGAAUACCUGUCGUAAGAUAGUGAACUGGAGAACACACCUGAAGUUUCCUCAAGAAGCGAGAUUAUCUCCAGAAGCCAAGGAUCUUAUUUGUAGGUUGCUGUGUGACGUUGAGCAUAGGCUGGGGUCAAGAGACACAAACGAAAUCAAGGCACACCCGUUCUUUAGAGGAAUCGACUGGGAUCAUCUUUAUGAGGUCGAAGCAGCCUUUAAGCCAGAAGUAAAUGGGGAACUUGACACGCAAAACUUUCAGAAGUUCGAAGAGGCUGGAACUCAAGGUGAUCUUCCCUCGAAGUCAGGACAGUGGCGCAAGGAUGUCAAUUUUGUCGGGUAUACAUACAAGAACAUUGAUCUUUUCAAAGCUAAGAACUCUCCUGUUGAGCUAAGGAAGAGAAGCCAAAGUCCUUCGAGGCCGUCCAUUGUCUCAAUAUUUGAGAAAAACAACUCGUCAGACGAGAUUAGCGACAGUGCUCCAACUGAAAUGGAGGUGUCAACCAUGGAAACCAGCGUUGUUCCGUCAAAUCCUCCCUUACCCUGUCAACAGGCCCCGACGUUUUCAUUUAGUAACGACACAAGAUAGCUGUAUAGAGCCCUUUCGUUUACUGGGAUCCAUAGGUACGGUACUCAGGUGAGGAUCUAUAGGAAGAAGGUAAAAAACAGGGACAAGAGAGAAAGAGAACAGGAAGGGGGGAUCUUUUCCUCUCAAGUUAUAGCUCGCCAGGCAGCAAAGGGAAAGGGAAGAAGUGACAUAAAAAGUAAUAGCUAGCUAUAGCUAGAAUGGCAGCUCGGGCCUUGGGCUAUGCAGUGCGCGGUACCGUCUUCGUCUUCCACCACUCAAUCCGUCAGCGGCACCAAUAAAGCCUUUGGUUGGCACAAUUACCGCAGCGAUCCACAAGAAGAAGGAAAAGACUUCCAGCUUUGUAUAAACUGUGGAAGCUCACAGGGACGUCAGUGGCGGAGCACUGGAUCUGGAGCACAGGACAGGGAAGCGUAAAGUUUUGUGUAGCAGCGGCAACAACGAGAUCGAUCAUCGAUCAAUCAAUCAAGAACUAGAAGAUCAAAGAGGACAGUGGGGUCAAUUUGGACAGCUGCUACUACUGCUGCGUGCUGCUGCGAUGAUCCUACUUUUUUGGCUGCUACCACUUUUCUUUCGCGACCAACAAGCACGGCUUUUCGGACAGACUCUGUGGAGAAGAGCUGGCGUCAUGGUGUGACGAGAUUCAUUGUAGUAUGAUAUUUUUUUCUCUCUUAUCUUCCUCUUGGGAUUUCUAAAACUGUCAAGCGAGAUGGCGCGAAGAUUCAAAUUCAAAUUCAAAACGAUGCCGAA